AACCCUAGCUUUUGUACACCUACAUAAAUAUCUACUCGUGUAUAUUUGCGGUGAAUAAUUAUUUCGUGUGUGGUGAAUUUUUUACAGGUAGUUUUUCUUCGGUUUGUUCUCAGAACAGUGUUCCAAAUGGUACUAAUCAAGUGUAUGAAAAUUUAUUACGUAUUUGCGAAGAAAUCGACACAGCUUUGCCAGAAAUUCGAUCGACGGUUAAUAAAAAAAGCGAGCUACAAAUCAACGAACAGCCGAACUUGUCCGAAGAUAGCCCAUUAGAUGAUAUUUUUACCCACAAUGUGGCUUUUGACGAUUUAGGAACAAGUCUCGAAGAUAUUGAAAUUUACGAGGAUAUUUUAAACGCCUCAGCUAUGAUGGACAACGAAGAUUGUAUUUAUAAUCAGAAUUUCGAUAUUAUGAAAACCAAUCAAUUUUUACAGAGUGACACGUUCAAUGAUUUAUUAACCUUGCCACUUCCCAAUUCUAUGCAGAGAGCUCAAUGCCAGAAUCCGAAUCAAUGUGGGUCCAACACAGCGACAAUUUUUGAUCGAGCACCAAUUUUCGCUGACGAUGAAAUCGAUCAAUACCUGGCCAGUAAAAACUUUAAUUUCAACCAUAAUUUUCACACAUCCUCGAACAAGUCGAAUGGUCGAGACGAAGAUGCAGUAGAUCCUUUACAAUUUUGGCAUAAACUGAACUGUGGUAAAUUACCAGAACUAUGUCCAUCGAAAGAGACUCCAGCAGUGCCUGAAAUCGAUGAUUCAGACGAAUCGAAAAAAUCCACGAAAAGUGUUCUAGCCAUACUGGAUUUCACUCUGCCUUCGCUUUCUUCCUCAACUUCUUCGUGUGCACUGUCGUCGCCAGAACAAAAAGAUAUCGAAAUUCAACCAACAGUUACGAAAAGUUUGCAAAGUAAGGCGCCGAGUUCUAGUAAAGAUUCGAAGAAGAAUUUGCAGGCAGGUCUUCCAGUUUUGGUAACGGAAUCCAACGAUGAUUCUAUUGAGACGAAUAAAGCUCCUAAGAAAAAAAAGAAGAAGAAAUCCAAAAAGAAUAAAACUAAUACGUUGGAGUUAUUGAAGCGAGAUUUGGUUUUAUCGUCGCCAUCGUCUAGUGAAUCUUCGUUUUCAUCAGUGUCAGGCAUUAAACCACUCAAAAAAAGGAAAUUGAACACCCAACAAGCAGUCCAUGAAAACUCAAUCCGUCCACAAAAACCAACUCCACCCAAACAGACAAAAAGCUCACCUAUCAAACCAUCAAUCAAGAUCACCCCCAAGACCCAAUCUACUCCUCAAUCAACUCCAAAAUCCACUUCUCCAACUCUAAAAGCUGGCGCCAUCUACAUCGAACAACAACUGGGUGCUGCUUGCAAACAAAAGACUCAACCAAAGGCAUCAAAAAACGAUAAAAACUUCACGCCACCAUCCAGUAGCAAGCUGAAAACCCCCGCUACUAAAGAGAAAACACCCCAAACACCGGAAAUUUCAUCGAAACAAAAACAUAAAAAAACUCCCGAUUCGAAUAAAAAGGACACAUCGCGUAAUUCGACACCGAAAUCUGAUAAAACCAAAUUCAAACCAUCAGAAGAUCAAAAACGAUCACAGUCCUCGUCAUCAAAAUCAUCUCCCGCGUCGAUGCCAAGUCUCCGAUCUGAAUCACCAUUUCGGCUACCUCGAGUCAAAAAGGACGCAAACAAUAAUAAGCUGAACACCACUAAAGCACCUGCUCCUGGCGCAAAACCAGUUAAACAACGAGAUAAGUUGAGUAAUCGUAAAACCACACCAACGAAGUAAAAAUUUCACUCAGUGGGUACCAAAAAAUUCAUCUUCUACAGUACAAGGUCAUCGACAAAGUAAAUUAAAAUUCAUUCCAAGUAAAAUGAGAAAAAGGAAUCAUUCGAAAUGCUAAAUGAAAUUCCAUUUUAAGCAAGAAAAAAACGUCGUGAGGUAUUUCCUUUGUCAUUUGUUUUCAAUAUUAAAAAUAAGAAACGGAAAUUUCGCCGGUAAAAUGUAAAGCUUAAAAAAGCAAUUUAGCUUUAAAAUGUGCAACUCCCUUUAUCAUCGAUAAAAUCCAGGUUAGAUAUUCGUGUUUUACAUAAAGUUUUAAAAGUGCCAUGGCGUGUACAAUUAACGUGAAAAAAGACGAGAUUUUAAUUUAUGAAUUUUUUUUUUUUUGUUAAAUUAACCAUAAAAAUGCGAGAGAAAGAUGCAGUAGAAAUUUCAAUUAUUCUUAAUGAAAAUAGUAAUUUAAUUUGUACAUAAAAAUCAUUUAGUUUUUCUUUGAAUUAUUAAUUCCAGUUUCAGUUGUUUGACUAAUUAGUGUUCUAAAGAUAAAAUUUAGUGCAAGUUUAUAUUAAAGUUAGAAGUAUUUCAAUUAAUUUAUAAUUCACUUGUUCGUACCAUACCAUGUUGUGAAUAAAUUUAUUUUAGCAAGGAAUUCGAUGCAUUUCGACUGUAACUUUA